AUGGACUCUGAACACUCGACUAUUUGUCAACAAAUUGGCAAUACUUGCAGACCGAUAUGUCAGUUCUUCAGAACUCUGUGUGAGUGCCUCCAAAGUUUCUGGGAUGAUAAUGUGAAGGGCCAUUUUUUUCCUACCACACCAGAGGAAGAGAAGCCAAAGUCUACAACUGAGAGCAUUUUCCACAAAGAAAAAAUUGUGGAACUCGGCAACCUCCUGAAGAAUACAGGACAGUCGCUUGACAAGAGAGCUCAAGCUGCCCAGAAAAUCGGACUACUGUCUUUCACAGGAGGCAGGGGUGCUGCACAGUUUGCCAGUGAGUACAUGGAAGAUGUUGCUUUCAUGCUGCAGAAAGAAAAGUUGAUGUCAUUGAAGACAAAGAUCCUGCUGAUCCAGAGUGUGGCAUGUUGGUGCUACUUAAACCCUGAAAGCCAGAGGAUGGCCAAACAACUGGAUUUUAUUCCUAUUUUUGUCAAUAUCUUGGAGACUCCUUUUGAAUCUACCAACAAACAAGAAAUAAAGACCCACCGCCUCCUCCUGUUUUGGAUCUGCUAUGCCCUCACAGUCAUGACUACUAACAACUUACCUAUCAUAAAGGAGCUGAGAUCUUACAGAUCUCUGAAAUUCCACCUACAGAUCUUGGCUAUGGAGAACUGGUCUGGGUGGUCUGAAAAUUUUGCCCAGGUCUUAUAUUACCUAGUAGGUUUUCACAGAAAUUAAAUUUUUUUUGUCCAAUUACAUGAUUCAACUAUCCUGGUGCCAUGCAUUACCCGAGAAACCUGAAAUAAAGUCCAUAGAUUAUUCUACAGUGUUGUCUUUUGCAGUUAACACUGAAAU